GAAUUAGACUUCGUUAUCAAUGACAUUUCCAUUUGUUUGUUUCAGAGUCAUGUAUUGGGAUUCAGUGUCCAAGUUGAUUGCUCCUGGUGGAAUAUUGGUCAUCACAUCUUGUAACCACACAAAGGACGAACUGGUGGAAGAAGUGGAGAAUUUCAACAUCAGAAAAUCCAACUUAUGUAGAGGAGGAGAUGGAAACGACGCGACCAGUGCGAUUUCCUCUGGCUCUGAAGCUGCAAGCAGAAUUGAACAACCUCCGUUUGAGUAUCUCAGCCACGUUAGGACAUACCCGACGUUCAUGUUUGGUGGGUCCGUAGGAUCGCGUGUGGCAACUGUCGCUUUUCUGCGGAAGUGAGAACAAAAACCCUGUUUGGAAUUGUUUAACAUAAUGCCCCCAAACUCUUUUUCUCAUUUUUUUUUAUAUAUUUUGGUGUCAAGACUUUGUGCUGUUGGGAACUCUUAAUAACCUACAAAUUUAUAUUCAGAAACACUGAUUUGGUCAUUUUAUCAGUGGUUUUUUA